CUUAUUAAUUGCUAAAGUUUAAUUUGUAGAUUUUUCAAAGAUUUGACGUGAAAGUAAUGUGAUAAACGUUUCCAUUUUGGUUUGUGUAUUUCCAUAAUUCAAUUAGUCUCAGUCCCUGUAUUCAUUUUCGAAAUAAUGAUGCACUUAUGACAAAAAAUUAAUUAGUCAAUCAUGAUGAAGUGAUUCUCUUGAUUAGCUGAAACCGAAAGUGGAAUUGAUUCGUUUUUUUCUACGUACACGUUGUAGUCUAGUUGUUGAGUUCAAUUUUCAAUGAGUUCCAAAGUUCAACCUCCACUGGGUUGAACCGGUUCCCAUUACAGUUAACUGCAUCUCAUUCUCUCCAAUACCAUCAGUGCCAGCAAUAAAAAUCAUGUCUGAAAACCAAUCCGUUAGUCCUGUUAAGUAUUUCAUUAGUGGAGGAGUCGGUGGAAUUUUUACAGUAGUUACCGGACAUCCACUCGAUACAAUAAAGGUUCGUCUCCAGACGGCACCAAAACCAGGACCUGGUGAAUCUCCUCUUUACAAGGGAACAUGGGACUGUGCCAAGAAAACUGUUGCCAAAGAGGGCCUGCGGGGACUCUACAAAGGAAUGGGAGCUCCUCUCACUGGAGUCGCUCCAAUUUUUGCCAUGAGUUUCUUUGGGUAUGGAGUGGGAAAAAAGCUCCAACAAAAGUCUGACGAUGAAAAAUUAACGCCAAUGCAGUUAUUCUAUGCUGGUGCCUUCAGUGGAAUUUUUACGACAACCAUAAUGGCUCCUGGUGAACGAAUCAAGUGCCUUCUUCAAAUUCAACAUGGACAGGCUGUAGCUAAAUACAAUGGGCCAGUGGAUUGUAUCAAACAGCUGUAUAAAGAGGGUGGAAUCAGGAGUAUUUACAAAGGCACUGGUGCCACUCUUCUUCGAGACGUUCCUGCUAGUGGAAUGUAUUUUCUGACGUAUGAGGGACUCCAGAGGCUGAUGGCGGAAGAGGGCCAGAAACUCAGCCUUUGGUCGACAAUAUUUGCCGGAGGCUGUGCAGGAAUUGCCAAUUGGAUCAUUGGAAUGCCGGCUGAUGUCCUAAAAAGCCGAUUACAGACGGCCCCAGAGGGAACUUACAAGGGAAUUGGUGAUGUCUUCAAACAGCUGAUGCGUGAGGAAGGACCUCUUGCCCUUUACAAGGGAGUCGUACCAGUGAUGCUUCGGGCUUUCCCAGCCAAUGCUGCGUGUUUCCUCGGCUUUGAAAUUGCCCUAAAGGGUCUCAACUGGGCGGCUCCCAAUUUAUAAUGCAUAAAUCAUUAAUGAUUGGGUGAUACAGCGAAUUUAUUUUCGAUUUAUUAUAGAAUUUUUUCUGAUUCGUUAAGAGCAUUACAAAUUUUAUAUAGAGUUUCACUCAUGUCUUCAAUGAAGCACAAUGAUUGGAAAAUAUAAGAGCCAUUUUCAGCGAAUAAAGUUUUCUAAUAAAUAUUAA